CAUACAUAUGAACAUAUGCUUGUGUGACCAUACAUAAAAGCGAAUUGUUGAUUGGGGUCUACAUACAUUACCUCAAUGCACAUAACGCAUUCGCGCGUUGGCAGCUCGAAGCAAUAACCAAAACAAAUGCUAUAAAACAUGCAGCACAAGGCAAGUGGGCAAAAAUUGAGAGAGAAAUAAAACAAAGCAGAGGCUGAAACUCACAGCGUUGCAACCCGUUCCAACAUCAAAACGAACUCGAACAAGUUGCACGGCGACUGCAACAAGCAGCCAACUAACAACUGCAGCGAAAGCGACAGCAACAGCAAGAGCAACAAGAACAACCACAAAGCGACAGCCACCAGCCAAUGUGUGUGAGGCUGCCUAUAUACAACGGCUUCUCUGGGUUUGUCUGUUUGUCUCUCCGCAGUUGUGUGUGUGUGUGUGCAGCCCCCACAUUUCUCCAAAUGCACGCAACGUCAACGGCGCACAGUGGUCCUCAGACAGUAGUCUUGCAGCAAGGGUGCUUGAGAAAUGUCAGAAAUCAUUAUAUACCUGUCCACUCAGUCAACGAUUCUUGGUACGGCUCAAAAUGUAACAGAACUUCCACCGAGAAUCCGGACCUCUGAGCCACUGUGCUGUGUAGACCGUCACUUGAGUGUGCUCUCCUCUCUCGAUGCGAUUUUCGGUUCCGUUUCGUUGGCAGUGAGUGUCGGCGUACACGCAAACACAGGCAAACAUGGUAUGCACACUCUCUCUCGCAUUGGCACAGCACAUGCACGGGCACCAACACCAAGAAAACCGCUCUGCCGCGAAGCUUUUGAGUUCUUUGCAUCCGCGUCUUGCGGCCCAAUGCGAGUUGCCUUGUGCAUGCCAAAGAUUUCAGAUCGGAAAGCAACAGCAGCAGCAGAAGCUCGGCUCGCGACGCGCGCAACCUUUCCAGCGAAUUAUCCAUAUCGAUACCAGAUCUAAGCGACUCUAUAAAUAUUAAUUUUUUUUGCAUUGUGAAGCUCAAUUAAAUUUAAGAGCCCAAUUAGACGGUGAUUGGUGAUUCAGUUCAGACAGCUAGCUCGCGUUUGCCGUCGGCAUUUGCAAAUGAAGUGUGAUCGCGUCAAAAAUGUUCGAGUGAUUUUUUGUUUGUUGUGUGACAAUUACACCGAUAUCUCAGCAUAUAAAGCAAAAAAGUAACAAUAUAUUUGGAGUCAAUUGAUUGGAAUAAGCCCACGCGGAAUUUCUUCAAGCUAAUUCAACGAUUGAUAAACUAAAACCAUUGAAAAAUAUUCAUAAAAUACACAAAUCCUAAUAGCUAUAUACACAGAUAAUUAUAAAACAAAAGAAACUCUACAUAAACACAUAAACGUUACCAACAAAUACAAUAUUACAAAUAAUUCAACUAAUCACAUAAUAUAAUAUCACAAAAAUUUAUAAAUAAAUUAGUAAAGUUUCCAAUCAAUACCGCUGAACAGGUGCUUAACAAUCUAUUAUCCAGAGUCUACAAAUUGGGGAUUAGGCAACAGAAAGUGAAAAUUAAUAUAACAUAAUAAAAUAUACCAUAAACAAUAGCUAUCAAUUUACUAAAUAAUUACUUAAACAAACAUAUUUUAAUCGAAAAAGGAUAACAAGUACGCACAUAUAACCGCAGUAAAAAUAUUAAAAUAUUCUCAUAAAUUGUGCUUAAAAUUGUGCUUAAAAUAAUUCCACUUGCAAUUCGAAAAAUGCUUCCCAUCUCGGACAACUGAAGUGUUAGAGACAUACAACAACAGCUGCGAGUGUUAUUGCCAAGACCAAGGACACUUGAAUAUUCUGGGAUGGUUUCGGAGGAGAACUGGAACAGCGACACCAUGUCCGACUCGGAUAUGAUCGACUCGAAGAACGACGUGUGCGGCGGGGCCUCCAGCUCCAGCGGGAGCUCGAUCUCUCCGCGCACACCGCCAAACUGUGCCCGCUGUCGAAACCAUGGCCUGAAGAUCACCCUGAAGGGUCACAAGCGCUACUGCAAGUACCGCUACUGCACCUGCGAGAAGUGCCGCCUGACGGCGGACCGCCAGCGGGUAAUGGCCCUACAGACGGCCCUGCGCCGCGCCCAAGCGCAGGACGAGCAGCGGGCGCUGCAUAUGCAUGAGGUGCCGCCUCCAUCGACGUCGACUGCUGCCCUGCUGGGCCACAACCACCACGUCGCUGCUACCGCCCACGUUCACGCACAUCAUGUCCAUCCGCACCAUGGUCACCACACCCACUCCCAUCAUGGCCAUGUGCUGCACCAACAUCAGCUGGCAGUGGCUUCAGCGGCGGCGGCUCCUUCGCAGCCUCCGCCAUCCCACCUGAGUGGGGCCCACAAUGGGGCAGGAGCGACAGUGCCAGCCACGGCCUCCAGCCUGCAUGGUCACGCCCAUGCGCAUCAUGUACACAUGGCGGCAGCGGCAGCCGCCACAGUGGCUCACCAGCAGCAGCAACAGCAGCAACAACAGCAACAACAGCAGCAGCAGCACCAGAGCCACCAGCACCAGCAUCAUCCACACCUUCAGCAUCCGCAGCAGCACCAGCCACAGCACACGGCGCUCCGAUCUCCUCCACACAACGAGCACAACGCCGGAAGUGUUGGACCAGCCACCAGCAGCUCAGGAGGCGGAGCCAGCUCAAGCAGUGGCGCCGCUGCCACCUCAAGCAGUGCAUCCAGCAGCGGCGGAGCUGGCGGACGGUCAGGCAGUGGCGGGGUCAGUGUUAUUACCAGUGCCGAUCCCCACAUGUCCACGGUACCCACACCAGCCCAAUCGCUGGAGGGCUCCUGCGAUUCAUCAUCUCCCUCGCCCUCGUCCACAUCCGGCGCCGCCAUUUUGCCGAUCUCAGUCUCCGUUAAUCGCAAGAAUGGCGCCAAUGUACCAUUGGGCCAAGAUGUUUUCCUAGAUUAUUGCCAAAAGCUAUUAGAGAAAUUCCGAUAUCCGUGGGAGCUGAUGCCGCUCAUGUAUGUGAUAUUGAAGGACGCUGACGCAAAUAUCGAAGAGGCUUCGCGUCGAAUCGAAGAGGCACGUGUAGAAAUAAAUCGUAUUGUAGCCCAAAUCUAUUACAACUACUACACGCCGAUGGCUUUGGUGAACGGAGCACCGAUGUACCUGACAUAUCCGAGCAUCGAGCAGGGCCGCUACGGAGCACACUUCACCCACCUGCCACUCACGCAGAUUCGUCCGCCGACGCCCGAGCCGCUGGCCCUGAGCCGCUCCCCAUCCAGUCCCAGCGGCGCGGCGGCCCAUACACAUCAGAAACAUUCGCGGCCCGGCAGCAGCAAUGGCACCGUACAUUCGGCCGCCUCGCCCACAAUGGCGAUCACCACAAUGGCGACCACCUCUACGCCCACCCACCGCCAAAGGUCCCGCUCGGGCACGCCCACAACGCCGCCUCCGCCGCCGCCAGCGCAUAGCAGCAGCAACGGCGCCUACCAUCAUGGUCACCAUUUGGUCAGCUCCACGGCUGCCACGUAGCAGUAUCGCAAUGUUGCCGCCGCUGUGGCAGCAGCAGCAGCGGCAGCCGUCCUCUUCGUCGAUAAUUAAUGUUAUCAGCCAGCUUGAUCGAAGGCCAGACAGACCCCUGGAAGGAACGCAAAUCCCGAUCCUGACUACUGCAUGAAUGUUACAUAUACAUACAUAAAUAUGUAUGUAUAGUCUCUAAGCAACGUACGAGCAUAUUUCAAGAUAAAUUAGAGAACAGUAGGAAUAGGAUAUCCCAAGAACACAUUUUCAAAUUGAUCUCAACAAAAAUCUUAAAUUAAUAAAAAUAUAUCUUAUCUCGUUGAUGGAUGGAGUGGUCUAAAAGCUUGAUGGAUCCAUCUAUUUCUAGUAAAACUUAACUCGUUAUUCAUUUGUAAUAUAUAUUUAUGUACAUGUAUGUUUUGUAUAUAAAAGAUUUAACACUGAAACCUUUCUCUGCGAGAAACUGUUCGAGAAUCUAUCACUGACCUGCACAAAUCUAAAACAAAAGUUAUUUCAGUAGACAUAGACAAAUAGACAUAUGUAUGUACGAGUAAACAAACGAUUUCUAGUCCUAGGCUUGAGCACGUCCAUUCGGAAUCUAGAACACGAACCUGUACAGGCAGCAACUGGUAGCAUGAGGGAUCCUAAUCAAAUCUGUUCUUACAUAUGAUAUGAGAUUAUCAGCUUGAAGAAUACAAACAUUAAUUGUCUCUAAUUAUACAUAGAUAUUUAUGCACGAGUAUAUCCAUAUAUCAGAUAAGUAUAUUACACUUUCUAGGGCUGUGCGCUGCCAUGUAAAGAGAGCAUGCGGUUUAAUACUUUGUGAGAACUGAUCUAGCUGAUCUGAAAAUAGUGUAGCGUCGGCUAUGUAGAAACUUUACUAAGCUUAAGACUAUUUCUUUUGUUUCCUUAUGCAUUGCGGGCUUUUAUCGUUUGUACAGUUUUUGCAAAAAACAAAACA